GCUGCCGUUUGGACUCACUCCACUUUCUCAUCACACACAGUGCAGCCGCGCGACCUGCUCCGUGCUGGACCGGGAGGCGAACAGAGUUUGAGGCGGCAGAGCGGUGACCGCGCGUCGGGGUGGAAACUAACCGGAAGACCGCUGUUGGCAACUCCCGGACCUACCGGACCUAGUGUUUUUUGUUUUGGUGAUUUUUUAAACCGUUUUACCCCCUUUUUUCUCCCCCUCCCCGUCCGGUGCUCCGUCCGCUUACACCAUCUCUCCACCCCUCUACCCUUCCCCAAGCGUGCCAUCAGCGGAGGAUGCUGUUGCAGCUGUCGGUACAAACCGCCCGGUGGUAGCGCUCGCCCCUUCGGAGUAGCAGCAGCAGCGAGUGACCCCUGUCCGGACGGGUCUUCCCCCGGCUGGGCUCCAGCUCCAGCCGUUUCCCCGGAGAGAGGAAGGACCUCCGGGUUGACGCGCAGCGCUGGUCACGACAGUAAAACUGGACAUUAAUUGUGAGAGGAUUUGGAGGAAUAAUUGCCCCUGCCUGUCCGACUGGAUUGUUAGAUUUGUUUUAAGGUACUCCCCCCCCCCCCCCCGGCGUGGAUUGGUAAUUUCGGUUUUUUCCCCCGGAGGUUUGGAGCGGCUCCGCUUGGGUACCGAGGAGGAGCAGAGCCUGUAGCCGGGCUGGAGCGCUCAGAGCUGGGGAACCGCGCAGCUCUCACCCGGUCCAGAGCGGUGCUGUCGGGCAGAGAGAUGGCGGCGCUGAGAUGGGAGGUCCUGCUGUUCCUGGCAGUCGUUCUGCUGGUCUCCUGCGGCGCUGCGCCCACCGACAUCCUGUAUCGAGUUCCUGAGGAACAGCCACCCAACACGCUGAUCGGUAGCCUGGCGGCGGACCAGGGCCUGCCUGACACUGGCCACCUCUACAAGCUGGAGGUGGGCUCGCCGUACCUGCGGGUCGACGGCAAGACCGGCGACAUCUACACCACCGAGAUCCCCAUCGACCGCGAGACGCUGAGGGACUGCCGCAACCUGUUUGAGGGCGACAAAUGCUUCCUGGAGUUUGAGGUGUCGAUCACAGACAUGGUGAAAGGCAUCAGCAACGGGCCGCGGCUGAUCGAGGGCCGGAUUGAGGUGCUGGACAUCAACGACAACACGCCGCAGUUCUCCUCGCCCAUUCUCAGCUUGUCCAUCCCAGAGAACAUGCAUGUCGGCGCCCUCUUCGCCAUCCCCAUGGCCACCGACAGGGACUCCGGCACUAACGGCGUGGCCGAGUACUCGCUGAGCACCGGUCCGGACGCCGACCAGCUCUUCAGCCUGCAGGUCGCUGUGGACACGGACGAGAAGCUGCCUCAACUAGUCGUCAUGGGCAACCUGGACCGUGAGAAGAAGGAAUCGUACGACCUGAACAUCCGGGUGGUGGAUGGCGGGAAGCCGCCGAGGGCGAGCAGCGCUUUGCUGCGGGUCACAGUCACCGACCAGAACGACAACGCUCCCAAGUUUGAGAGGAGUCACUACGAGGCCGAACUGCCAGAGAACAGUCCGCUGGGUCACUCUGUGCUGCAGGUCAGAGCCAAUGACGCAGACACUGGCAACAACGGAGAGAUCGACUACAGCCUCCAUCAGGCGUCGGAGACUGUCCAGAGGCUUCUGCGCAUUGACCGUUCUACAGGCAUCAUCUACGUCAAGGGCCUGGUGGACCGUGAAGAGGAGAACUUCCUCAAGUUCUUUGUGGUCGCCAAAGAUCGUGGACCCAACUCCAAGAGCUCCAAAGUACUGGUGACCAUCAACGUCAGGGACCAGAAUGAUAAUGCACCGGCCAUUGAGAUCCGUGGUAUCGGCCUGGUGAUACACCAGGACGGCGUGGCCAACAUAUCUGAGGACAUGCCCAUUGGCACGCCGGUGGCAUUGGUCCAGGUGUCAGACCGUGAUGAGGGGGAAAAUGCGGUGGUGACAUGCGUGGUUGCCGGUGACGUCCCAUUUCAGCUGCGACCUGCGAGUGAGUCAGCCAACGAUCGGAAGAGGAAAUACUUCUUGCAGACAACUACCCCGCUGGAUUAUGAGCGUGUCAAGGAUUACAGGAUUGAAAUCGUUGCUGUGGAUUCUGGGAACCCAGCCCUGUCUAGCACCAACUCCCUCAAAGUCCAGGUCACGGACAUGAACGACAACACGCCGAACUUUUCCCCCGCGUUGCUCGAGGUAGACUUUCCAGAAGGCAACCAGCCAGGUGACAUGGUGCUGGGCGUCACAGCGACAGACGCAGACAGUGGCACCAACGCAGAGCUGGCCUAUAGCAUCAUCGAGCUCUCGGCCACCAGGCUGUUCGAAAUCGAUUCCAACACUGGAGACAUUCGUGUGAAGAACCUGCUGGAUCGGGAAGAAACUGAUCGUUAUGAGUUCCGUGUGGCGGCAGCAGACAAGGGUGUUCCUAGCAAAACUGGCACUGCAACGGUGGUGAUUAAUGUUCUGGACCGCAAUGACAACGACCCUAAGUUCAUGCUAAGCGGCUACAGCUUCUCUGUCAACGAGAACAUGGCUCCGCUCAAUCCUGUUGGCGUUGUGACCGUCACCGAUGCCGAUAAAGGUGAGAACGCCCGCGUGAGGCUGUUUGUGGAACCGGACAAUGGCAAGUUUGUAAUCCAGAACGGCACUGGAACCAUCCUGUCCAGCAUCUCCUUCGACCGCGAGAAGGAGAGCACCUACACAUUCCGUCUGAAGGCCGUGGAUGCUGGUGACCCACCUCGAUCCUCCUAUGUGGGUGUGACCAUCAAUGUCCUGGACGAGAAUGAUAACUCCCCCUAUGUCACCAAACCAGCUAACUCCUCCUACACAUACAUGUCACCUGUCACCCCGCCAGACACCCGUGUGGAAGUGGUCGAGGCUGAGGACAUUGACUCCGGACCCAAUGCUGAGCUGUCCUACACCAUCACAGGAGGCAACCCGUAUGGCCUGUUCCACAUCUCUCCCAACAGCGGGGAAAUCACACUGGCGCAGGAAUUCACCGGCAAGCACAAUGGCCUGCACCGCCUGGUAAUAAAGGUCAGCGAUAAAGGCAAACCGGCCCGCCACACCACCGCCCUAGUCCACGUUUUUGUCAAUGACACCAAGUCCAAUGUGUCCCUCAUUGAAGCGCUGGUGGGACACAGCCUCUACACCCCUCUGGACAGGGACAUUGCCGGAGAUCCCAACUACGCCCUUGCUCAGCGCAGCAACAUCCUGUACGGCAGCCUCGCGGGUAUUGCUGGUGUGAUUCUGGUCAUUGUGGCUGUGGUGGUCAUCAGACACCGACUGCAGAAGGACACCAAGAGCGGCUACCAGGCUGGCAAGAAGGAGAGCAAGGACCUGUACGCUCCCAAGCAGGGCCCCAAAAAUGGCAAAGGGAAAAAGAGCAAAAAAGGAAAAGCUCCGAAACCGGCCAAGCCACUGGAGGAAGACGAGGAGGCCAGCCUGCAGAAGGGCCUCAAGUUCAACCUCAUCAACGACAACGUCAACGACAGUCCCAGAAUCCACCUGCCCCUUAACUACCCGCCGGGAAGCCCCGACCUGGGCCGCCACUACCGCUCCAACUCCCCCCUACCCUCCAUCCAGCUGCAGCCACAGUCACCCUCCGCCUCCAAGAAGCACCAGGCCGUUCAGGACCUCCCCGCCACCAACACCUUCGUGGGAACGGGCGACAACAACUCCACAGGCUCAGACCAAUAUUCGGAUUACAGCUACAAGGCCAACCCGCCCAAAUACAGCAGCAAACAGCUCCCCCACCGCCGAGUGACCUUCUCCACGGCCAAUCAGGCGCAGGACCUGCAGGACGCGUCCCAGCACAGCUACUACGACAGCGGCCUGGAGGAGUCGGAGACGCCCAGCUCCAAGUCGUCGUCAGGGCCGCGGAUCGGGCCGCUGGCGCUCCCGGAGGACCACUACGAGCGCACCACGCCUGAUGGCAGCAUCGGCGAGAUGGAGCACCCGGAGAACGACCUCAGGCCUCUUCCCGACGUGGCGAUGACCGGUAACUGCACACACGAGUGCACCGAGUUUGGCCACUCCGACUCCUGCUGGAUGCCCGGCGAGCCUUCCCCCAACCGCAAGGUGCCCAAGAACGCCCCCAAGCUCUCCACCUUUGUGCCUUACCAGGAGAUAGACGGGCAAGAGCAGCUGAUGGCCAACGGCAGCCCCAAGCCCCUGACAAUGGAGGAGCGCGGGACGGGCAGUGGCGGCGGCAGCAGUUCCAAAGUGGCCAACAUGCGGUUCAUGACGCCUUACAGCAGUGCCUACCCUGGGGGCGGAGACUCGUCUGGCAAAGACUGUGGGCUGGAGGAGAUCCCGCUGAGCCAGGCGGUGGAGUACCACUCGGCCACCACUCCGACCGGCCAGACCUCCAAGAGGGAGAUCUACCUGUGAGGGCGCAGCUCUCCACCUUAAAACCCCCAACCCCUUCCCUACGCUCCUCCUCAUCUCCCCGUCGCUACUCGCCACCUCCUGUCCCGCCCCCUCACUGCAGCCCCCUGUGCCUAUUACUCGCUGUGCCGCAGCACCGACUCCCCCUUCUUCCUUUUUAUAACUGUAUCCACCGUACAAGGCUUUAGAUCCUCGUCCACCUCGCCCGCCGCCACCCCCCCACCCCCCCAACCCCGUCCCCUGUAGAAACCAAUCAAAUGUAAAAUAGAAUGAAUUAAAAUCAAUUGAAGAAAACACGCGGCUCCUGCUGCUGCGGAAGGAAUGUAAACUACACCACAUCGUUGUGAUAAUUUAAUGGGAAACUAUUUAGCUACUCACGUAUUUGAGUUGGAUUUUUGUGUGUUGCUUUAGGCUACGUUGCUGUGUUGGAACGGAAAAAGAAAAAACACCUUCGGGGGGAGAAGGGAAAGAACUUCUUGUAAAUCCUACUUAAGUAUACUGUGUAUUGCUAUCUAUCCUGAAUUUCUUUUGGAUUGGUUGGUUUUGUUUUUCUUUCACAUUUUUCUCCGUUGACUCCGGGAAAUACAUCUUUGAGCCGAGUUGCAUCAAAUCAACUGGGCUCGUUUUAAUCACAAACAGCUUGUCGUUAAUGUAAGACAUUUCGCAGAAACACGGCUGUUUUUCAAUCCCCGGACUCGUUGUUGUUGAGAACUUUUUCAGGUCUAUUAAUUUUUUUGCUGUUUUUUUUUCAGUGUACAGAGCUGUAAAUACUACAAACUGUGACAGAGGAAACUGCUGUGUAGGUGUGGAUCCGUGGCUGUCGUGCUGUCUGCAGAUCUUCAUGUAACUUCGGAUUGAUGGACUGAAAACCUUCGCAUGUACAGAGAAACGACGCCGCGGUGUUCGCCGUCACACUGCAGGAGCAUCACAGACAGUGCCGACUUAAAAACACAAGACUUUUUAUUAUUGUUUCUCUCCUCUGCAACUUUACAACAGUUAAAUUUGGGUUCAUGAGGGGACAAAAUCCUCAGAGGGGCACCGAUACAAAGAAAGUGCUUCAAUCAGUGGAUCGGCCGAAGCUGAUUAUCACCGAUUUAUAUUAUUAAUGCUCUUGUCAGUAGUAUACCAUAACAUGAAAACUUAACAUGUAUGUAUCAGACAGUUAAAUCUUUUCAAUCCAAAAAAGUCACAUGAAAAUACACACAUUUUGUUUGUGCAGAAGAAUGACUUAACUUAAAAACGAACAAUUCAAACCCAAACAUGUGGGAAAUCUAAGAAUGUAAAGUCCUUCUAGCUACCCCAGCACUGAAUGAGCAGCAAUUUUGAUAAACCAGUGUGAAAGUUGGUUUAUAAGUGUUCUAUAUCGUUGUAAACUUAAUAUCUUUUUGUUUUUGGACUCUGUUGGUCCAACAAAACAUUUGAAAUCACCACCUUAGUCUCUAGGAAAACAUUCCAAAAGGUUACAUGAUUAACCGAUGAAUCAGAAAAAUAAAUUACAGAUUUAUUGA